AUAGUACUGAAGAUUGCGGGGAUUCUACUCACUUCAGAUACUAUGAAUAUCUCUACUGCAGUUUCACUAUGAGUGUGAAUGCCUGAUCCCGGAGAGGAGAAUUUGCCAUCUCCUGAUGGCUAUAAAAUCACCCGUCUAUGCUUCUUCCUCUCUGUCUCUUCCACAAGCCGACACCUGUUUACUGUGAGCCCCAUUUAUUCUACUGGGCACAAUACCACCUAUUAGAUACAUUCAAUAUUCAGAAAAACGAUGAAGUUCUUUGGAUUGGUUCUGCUGCUCGCAGCCCUCGUGGCCUCGCGUGCUGUUGUUCAUCCGGAUGACAGGAGUGACCUCACUCAGAUCAUCCGAGACGUCUCUCCGCCUACCGCCACUGCUCCCGAAUUGGUGACUCGAGAACACGAAUCCGAAGACACCGAUAACACCUUUGAAGAUGUCUCCCUGAACCCGAUGGUUCCUACUAAAACCGAGCCUAGCGAAGACACAGACGACGAAGAUACCGAAGCCGAUGAAAAGGAAGACCGUGAUGGCCUAGUCGUCCGGAAAGUCAACCGGAAGGAGACCUGCGCUAGCGCCAGAGGUUGCCCCCUCAAUACCUACUGCUGUUACGGUGCCAAACACUGCUGUCUCAACAAGAAGAGCCCCUAUGGGCUCAGCUAUUAUAAUCCGUGGGCGUGAGCUGCCCCGGGAGGUUUUGGGGUUGGUGGAUGAUUGGUUUCUUCCCUGUUUUUGGUUCUGUGG